CAAUGUUACAAUAGUCAAUUUUGAUAACGAGUGGAUACAGAUGACAUGGGCAGCUAUUGAAAAUUUUCCUGGCAAGAAUGUGACUUUCCUCUAUCAAUAUGACAAAGACCCUUGGAAGCAAUGCCCCAGCUAUUUACUGGACCAAGGUUACAAUGAUGGAUGUCUGUUUAAGACAGAGAAGCCAUCCCUUGCCAUCUCUAUCAAGGAUAAGAAUGGAAGUGAAGAACUUUUCCACAAAAAGCUACAAACCAAUUUUUUUAUAAAACCUAGUCCACCUGAAAAUGUAACCUUCCUUUGGAAAGACAAUAGAGUUACUGUCACCUGUAGCAAACCAAAGACAUCAAAGCGGUGCUUGAAGCUUGAAUUUCAAUACAGAAGCAAGUUUGAUACGGAGUGGCAGUCUAGAAAAUCUCCGUGUUGUAGUCUUGAAGAUCAAGGAUUUGAUCCAGAGAAGUGCUACUCCUUCCGGGUCAGACUGGAAAGGCUAUAUCCCACCUGCAAUGUAGUUCAUUAUGCCAGUGAAUGGGGAGCUGUAACGUUUUGGAGUAAUGGUAAAAUGUUAGAAUCAUGUGCGGAUGAUAUAAAACCUUUGUCAGAUGCCAUAAUCCUCUUAAUAUUUUUGCUGGUGAUCUUUCUCAUAAUAUUCAUCCUCCUGAUUUUUCUGUGCAAAUGGCAAAGAUUUCAGAAGUCAAUUAUGCCAGUGAUACCAGAUCCAAAAUAUAUAUUUACUGACCUCUUCACUGAUCACAAUGGAAAUUUACAGGAAUGGUUUGACAAAACGGAGAAUGCAAUGGUCCAAGCAAAGAUGGAAUGUGAAGAGCAGGAGUGCAUCAUUGAGGAGGAAAGGGUGCAAGAGAAAAAGAAGGAUGUUAAAGGGGAAGCUAAACAAAGGCUUUGUGAGUUGCCAAACAUGCAUGAAAGAGAUUAUCUAAAUUUUGCUCAAAACACCUGCCUACCACCAACGUCCAGUGAUAUGGUUUCUUUGGAGAGUUUUAAGUUUUUAAUGAAUGAAGACAUGUAUGUCAUGUUAUGA